GUAAUGUGAUUACUAUGGAUGGUCUCAAAGGGUUGCGGGCACGCUUCUCUUGAUCACUGGCGGUAAAGGGCUGCACGUAAUUUUAAGAAACAGAAGGGGGGGUUAUUAGUUGCUAAAAAUAGGCAGCGUGUAAUAGUAGUUUGAAUUUUGGUAGGAUAUCCCCAAGCUGUUUCUGUUAGCGUUUGAGAGCGAAUGUCUUAAGUAUGGUAGGAUUUCCUGGAACUAUAAAAAGAAAAUAAAAAAUCAAGCUUGUAGUUUUAAGCUGUACUUUAUUAUUUAAUGCUCAUAAAGUGUCUUAACAUUUUCUGAGAGACUAGGUAUAGUAAAAGAAUGCCCUUGCCCACAGGCACAUGCUUUAAUAGACAUGAUAAGAGAAGAGCAUUGGGAAGGAAAUUGAAAGAAAGCUUGGGAGAAACUGCCUGAUAGAUCGAGCCUGGUUGACCAAAAGCUGACCAAAACGUUUUUCUGGUAUAACCUCUGAGGCCCUUGGUCUCCUGGAUGUUGGUAGAGGACAGAGUGCUGCCUUUCAAUUCUAGUCCCAGAUAACUGGAGCAGACUGACUUUUUUCUGGUAGGGGGAAGCAAGCUGUUCUGCAAAGCUGUUUUGGCCUAGAUGAGAGUAACACAUUCUUUUUCCACUGCUUUAGCAGAUCCACAAGCUACCAGGCCCCAAGUAUAUGAACUGCUACCACCUCCUUUCCUAAACCCACCCCACCCUGAAGCCACAUGGCUUCUUUGUUCUCACAUAAGUGGAAUGCUUCAUGGAUGUGUGAAAUGCUCUGGGUUGGAUUCCAGAGUUCCUUAAAACAGCAAUAAAGGGAAUGGCAUCUGAGAGGACUGUUGAGACCCAAAACCUUAUAGAUUUGGUUUAUGUUUAUAUAUCAGGGAACGCCACAAAAAGAUGUCAUCAUAAAAAAUGAUGCACCAACUUCAUUAUUAUUAGAAAAACAUGUGGACUACAUAGCAGCUUAUGGAACAAAGAAAGAUGAUUAUGAAUACUGUAUGUCAGAAUAUUUACGAAUGAGUGGUGUCUAUUGGGGACUGACUGUGAUGGAUCUCAUGGGCCAGCUGCAUCGGAUGAGCAAAGAAGAAAUUCUGGCAUUUAUCAAAUCAUGUCAGCGUGAAUGUGGUGGCAUAAGUGCCAGUAUAGGUCAUGACCCUCACCUGUUAUAUACACUUAGUGCUGUCCAGAUUCUAACUCUCUAUGACAGUCUCCAGGUUGUUGAUGUAAAUAAAAUAGUUGAUUAUGUAAAGAACCUACAGAAAGAGGAUGGAUCGUUUGCUGGAGACAUAUGGGGAGAAAUAGACACGAGGUUUUCCUUCUGUGCUGUUGCGACGUUAGCUCUCUUGGGGAAGCUGGAUGCAAUUGAUGUGGACAAAGCAGUAGAAUUUGUGUUGUCCUGUAUGAACUUUGAUGGAGGAUUUGGUUGUAGACCAGGAUCUGAAUCUCAUGCAGGACAGAUCUAUUGUUGCACAGGAUUCCUAGCCAUAACUGGCCAGUUACACCAAAUAAACGCUGAUCUGCUAGGCUGGUGGCUUUGUGAACGCCAGUUGCCAUCUGGUGGCCUUAAUGGAAGGCCAGAGAAGUUGCCGGAUGUAUGCUAUUCAUGGUGGGUAUUGGCAUCCCUGAAGAUUGUUGGCAGGUUGCACUGGAUUGACAGAGAGAAAUUGCGCAGUUUUAUCUUGGCUUGCCAGGAUGAGGAGACCGGAGGAUUUGCUGACAGGCCAGGAGAUAUGGUGGAUCCAUUUCAUACCUUGUUUGGAAUUGCUGGACUAUCAUUACUGGGAGAAGAACAAAUUAAGCCUGUGAAUCCUGUGUUUUGUAUGCCUGAAGAGGUUCUUCAAAGAAUAAAUGUACAGCCAGAACUUGUAAGCUAGGUUUUGAUGUGUACACUUUUGCCAUACUCAGCUGCUUUGAAUUUUCUGUCAAAAGACAUUUCUAAAUGUGUUUACAUGAUAAAUUACCACUUUACUGUAAGCACUGUCAUUUUGUAUCUGGAUUGUAUCCAAAGUAAAUAAACUGAGUGUUACAUGUGCUUGAGGUUCUCAAUAACAGAUGUAGACAUAUGUUUAAAUGUAUUUAAAUAUGUUUGCCUCCGGGCUCCAUUCCAGUCAUGCUACUUCGAAAUAUACUGUACUAGACACAAUAGAAGAAUACUUGAAUUGUGUGACUUGAUAUUUAUGACACAAUCAUUCACUCAUCUUUGUGACAGCAUGUACUGGACAGUGAAUUGUCCUAAGCACUGUUUGUAUCGAAAGAAAUUGACUUGCUAAUGCUAGUGACACUUUAUGCACUUGAGUUCCUGUUUAGGAUCUGACUGCUACACUUUUUUAUCCAAUUUCAAUCACAUGUUAUUGUUUUACAUAACUAGAAAUUUUAUGGUACUUGGACAACUGCUUUCUACUAGUGACAUUCAGUGAAGAUUACCAUUAACUUGUUUUAAACUAACGGCCUUGCUGAAUUUGUCCCUUGGCUCUAAUGUAUUUAUUGUAACAGGCUUGAAGCCCAGUUUCAGUAGCACUUCAAAUGGUUGUAUAUAGUCAAGAAUAAAGCUAUUGAAGACUGUUACUUUCUGCAGGGUGAAUUAUCUGCUGCCACUGGAACUCUAGAAGUGCUUCCAUUUCACAUUUGUCACAAUUGUGCAUUUGUAACUUGGCUGAAAUCUUCUGAGUAUGAAAUGGGAUUCUGAUUCAAAUAAAUUAAAGCUAAUUAUGAAGUAAAUACUUGAAGUACUAAUGGUCCAUUGGAAAAAAAUGUUGUUUGUACUUGCUGAUAAGUCAUCAUUUGCAAAAAAAAAAAAAGGUUUCCGGAUAGUUACGACAUUUGGGGCUUUCUGUUUAAGAAAAAGUAAGCAAGGGAGGCCAUUGAUUGAAGUUUACAAAA